GGUUUAAGGAGGUCUAUUUUUUCUUUUUUCUGUGGCCAAAGGGGGUGAUCAUCAUAUACAACUUUGUUAACGAUAAUAUAAGAGGAGAAGUAGGGCAUUGGAUCAUCGAGAAUUGAAACCCAGAUACAUGAUGGUUUUGAUUGGGCGUACCAAAAGAAUCAGUCAAACGAAAUGUCUCUUUUUUUUUUCUAACUUUUUUUUUUUUUCACUCUCUUUUUUAUCCUUAUACUUUUUGACUUGUAUUUUUUUUCUUUUUCUUCUAUUUAUUUGAUAUUUAUUCCAGUUUUUAUUUAAAACGAACAUAUAAAUGCAGUUACUGUUCUUGGUAGCAGUAGCUUAUUUGACUUUUAUUCAAGCCGCCAUCAUCAAAAGGGACCCUUCACGGCAGUACUAUACCCUCCAUUUUCCCCAAGGCCAUCUAGACGAUACAACUCAUCAAGCAGCCAAACAUAUUGCACAAUCACUGAAUACAAGGUAUGAAGGACCUGUUGGUGAAUUGAAAACCUAUUUCUUGGUAUCACAGCAACAACAACAACAAUAUACGAAAAGGGCAAGUGGCAACUAUGAUCCUGUUUUGACUUUAUUUGACCAACACAAGAAACAACUAUCAAAACGUGACAGUAUUACUUCACCUUGGGUAAAAGUCAACCGUAUUGAUAAACAAGUACUCAAACAACGUUCCAAGCGGGCUGUUCUUCCUCCUCGUGCUCCCAUCCUAACUUCUGGUAAACUUGUAUUAGAAGAUGCUCAAGCUACUCUUGGUAUCAAAGAUCCUGGAUUCGAUAAACAGUGGCAUUUGGUCAACCUAGAACAUACUGGAAAUGAUAUUAAUGUUACCUCCACUUGGAAACAAGGUGUAACAGGGAAAGGGAUUAUUGUAGCUAUAUUGGACGAUGGAUUGGAUUAUAAAAGUAGAGAUUUGAAGGAUAAUUUUUAUGCUGAAGGUUCUUAUGAUUUUAAUGAUCAUGUUGAUUUGCCCACACCUAUACUUUGGAAUGAUUAUCAUGGUACUCGAUGUGCCGGUCAGAUUGCCGCUGUCAAAAAUGAUGCAUGUGGGGUUGGUAUUGCCUAUGACGCAAAAGUUUCUGGCAUUCGUAUUUUAUCAGGCGAAAUUACUGAUGUAGAUGAAGCAGCUGCUUUGAAUUACAAGUAUCAAGAAAAUGAUAUUUUUUCAUGUUCUUGGGGACCUCCUGAUGAUGGUAAAACAAUGGAAGCUCCUAAUGGUAUCUUGGCGGAUGCAUUCAUCAAUGGUAUUGAAAAUGGUCGUGGUGGAAAAGGAACAGUCUAUGUAUUUGCAACUGGAAAUGGAGGUGAUGCUGGCGACAAUUGCAACUUUGAUGGAUACACGAAUAGCAUAUACACAAUCACUGUUGGAGCUUUGGAUCAUACAAAUCAUCAUCCAUCUUAUGCCGAAAGAUGUUCUGCACAACUUGUAGUGACCUAUUCUAGUGGUGGUGGCAAAUCUAUUUAUACAACCAAUCAUGGACAUGAAGAAUGUACUGAUAUCCAUGGUGGCACUUCAGCUGCUGCUCCAAAUGCGGCAGGAAUCUUUGCUCUAGUAUUAUCUGUUCGUCCUGACUUGACAUGGCGUGACAUGCAGCACCUUUGUGUACAAACAGCACUACCUGUGGAUUUGGAAGAUGACGAUUGGAAGAAAUUACCCUCUGGGAGAAUGUACAAUCACAAAUAUGGAUAUGGCAAAUUGGAUACUUGGGCUAUUGUGGAAGCUGCUAAAGUGUUCAAGAGUGUGAACAAACAAACUUAUUUGGAACUUCCUGUGAAGAUGAACGUGACUGAUAUCCCAGAUACUACUUCAGACAAACACAAGAAACCGUUACAAAGUACUAUACAAGUAUCAGAAGAAAUGAUCAAUGCAGCAGGUCUGUCACGAUUGGAACAUAUCACAGCGACCAUCAACAUUGAACAUCAACGACGUGGUGAUGUGCAAAUCAUUUUACGAAGCCCCAACAAUGUGGAAUCAGAACUAGCUGCAGUACGUAGUGGUGAUGCUAGUGCUGAUGGCAUUCGCAAUUGGAAAUUCAUGACUGUCAAGCAUUGGGAGGAAGAUCCUAUUGGUAAUUGGACUUUACUUAUAUACGAUGAAGUCAAUGCAGAAUCUACUGGGCGGAUGUUGAACUGGACAAUGACAUUAUUUGGCGAAUUAGAUCCUACAUUUGAAGGUGAACCUGAUCAUCAACCCAAUGUGAACCAUGAUACUACUAAUGAUGUACCUACUUCUAUUAUCAAAACCACACCAAAACCAACAUCAUCAUCACAAGUUGACAAUACGCAUGCGCCAGUACGACCUACUAGAGUGAAGCCGACUACUACUAUCACUCCUACUUCUUCAGAAUCAACAAUACCAACUCAUUUGGAUGAAGCAGAAGAUACUGAUUCAGUAUCACCUGGAGGAUCAACAUUGGAUAAUGAUGAUACGUUAGAUUAUAGUGUAUUUAUAUAUGCAUUUGUUGGAACAGCAGCUAUUUUGGGCCUGGCAACUGGUAUGUACUUCCACAAGCGAAAACAUUGGCGAUCACCUUCUCUACCCAAUCAAUCUUCUGCAAUAUCCUCGCAAAGCUAUGAAUUCCAAGAAUUCAAACAUGAUGAAGAUGAUGAAGAUGAUGAUUUUGAAGAAGGUGAAGCAAGUGAUGGUCGACCUUUAUUAUCACAACAAGAACAACUAGAUCGAUGAUCCUUCUUAGUAUAGUUUAUAGUGAUAGAUUUUUUUUUUUCUUUUGGGUCUUAUGCGGCAAUUGAAAAAAAUGUGACGACAAUAAAACAAAAACAUUUCCUUACCA